AUGAGUUGUCUCCCGAAGACUCGUGUGUCUCGUUCGCGCCAGUGGGUCUGUGAAGACAAGAAGCCACAGGGAACAGACUUGCUCCAUGGCCCUCUUCUCUACGACAGUGUUCGAAAAGGAGUUGAUGACUUCUGCAGAUGGGCUACUGCCAUUGGAAGCUCAAAAAUUGAUGAAGAGUUCAUCCUGCAACAGUUUGACAUUGACUGUGAGAACAAGCCAUCCUGUGAUGCACUCCACACAAUGAGAUUAAACAAAGUUCCCCAGGACCAAAAAUCCAGUGUGGGGCCAAGUAAACUACGGGAGCUGGAUCUGCCCUUCCAGGAACUGGACUUUAAGAAGAAACUCCAAAAACCACAGAAUCCUUAUAAACGAGAGUGGGUGAAGAUGAGAUAUGGAGCAUGGUAUCUGAACACCAAGUUGUGGAAAAAGCAAAGAGCAGACGAGCCUUUGGUUGACCCCAAGAUCUUACAGAAAGCACAAGAUGAGAAUUUUCAAAAGGAGCUGCAGGAAAAGGAGGACUUACUUGAAGAGCUUCACUGGAUGAUUGCCUUUAAGGAUUUCGUUCUAAGGAGAGGCUACCGGAUGCCCAGGUUCCUUGAGAAGAUGAAUAGCAGAAAAGAAUGUAAAUCUAAAAGUAAUAAGAUUCCUAUAAAACAAUCAACAAAUACUAAAUGAAGCAUAGAAGAAUCUUGGGAAGAUGGUUAAACAGUUGCAGAAUCUGUUUUAAAUUUACUACGCAUUGACUACUUCUCUUUCUCAUUUUACACAUCAAACGGAAUUUAUGAUAUGUACCUGUGAUAGUUAGGUUUUUUGGUGCCAACAUGGCUCCCAUAGGAUCAUGUGGGCGGAGUUUAGCCUGUCAAUCAGGUUGCAGCUUGAUUGGGGGCAACUGAGAUAGUCUCUCUGCAGCUGGCUUCUCUCUCCCUGGAGGCGGGCCACACCCUCUCUCUGCUUUCACCUUCCUGUUGACAAGCCAAGUA